GUGGCUCCACAAAAAUUAAAAUAUAGACCGUCUUCAUUUUCUUCGUUAAGAAGACACAAAUUCUCGUUUUCUAUUGGCCAAACAACAUCAUCGAUUAUUAUUACUCGUAUUAUUAUGCAACUUAAAACACGAAAAGAUCGAACCAACAAAACGAACCAAAGCAAAGCAAAGAAACUGAAAACAGACACAGUUGAAAACAAUCACACUGUAGCUCACGCGCCUCUCUAUAACCAAACUCCCGCCACCGCUCCCGCCACCAAUCGCCACUACGUUACGCCGCUCCACUCUCCGGCAACCGUGAAAGCAAGCACUUGAACAUUUGAGUUAUUGGUAUAAAAUGGUUUCCUUUGAGAUGAAUGAUCGCAAGAAGAUUGGAUUGGGAUUAACGGGCUUUGGUAUAUUUUUCUCAUUCCUUGGCGUUAUAUUCUUCUUCGACAAGGGUUUGCUAGCAAUGGGAAAUAUCCUCUUUGUUUCCGGAGUGUCCCUGACCAUUGGACUGAAAUCCACAAUGCAAUUCUUCAUGAAACGUAGUAAUUUCAAGGGGACAGUUUCAUUUGGUAUAGGAUUCUUGAUUCUUAUAAUGGGGUGGCCUAUUUUGGGCAUGAUUGUGGAAUCUUAUGGGUUCCUCAUACUUUUCAGUGGCUUCUGGCCUACACUGUCUGUUUUCUUGCAGAAGAUUCCUGUUCUUGGUUGGAUUGUUCAACAGCCAUAUAUUCGAUCGUUGUUUGACCGCUAUAGAGGUAGACGAGUGCCUGUGUAACACCUGGAUCGGUGGAAACAUGUUUUAACUGCUAGCAAAUGCAUAUGUAAGUCAAUGUAAAGAAACUACUUGAUACAGAAAUCUAGCUCCGAAUUGCGUUCUCAUUUUAAUGUUAGAAAAUUGUCAUGAUAGUCCUUUUAAUCAAAAGAUGGAAAAGAAAAAGGUUUUGGUUUUCAUUUUACAACUUCUUGCUUAGUCCCCUUUUCAACUCUCAUUCUUGAUCGAACAUUGAGUUGCCAGUUAUGCAAGUUCACUCCUACAUUACUAUUUAAUCGGAGUGACACCUUUGAAAAUGGUUGUACUCGGGGAGUAUCAUGGUGGCAUUUAUUUACUACUCAGUCAAAGUAAUAUAUAGCAAAUGGAGUUCGUCCAACAAUAUGGGACUUUAUUUUUUAAUUCUUUUGUAAUGUACUCUUCGGGUGUGAGUUGGAAUUGGCUGUGACAUUAAAUUCUGUGAAACAUAUUGUCCUAUUGAUUCUCGUGGCCUA